AUGCCUAAUGCUAAACGAAAAUUUGAAUUGAAAACUUCAAAAGGAGCCGCUAGCAAAAAGAAACCAGAUAAUCAACGUCCAGCUACCAAUAAAACACAAAGAUCCAAUAAAAGACAAAAAAAUAAUAUCGCAAAUCCUAUUAUGCUGUCUAAUGAAUCAUCACUUCAACCAAGUCAAACAAAUCAAAGCGAUAAAGAACAAA